GAUGAUUGAGGUUUGAGAAAACGAGAACUAUUCAAUCCGUAUGAAAUUAGAAGUUGACAUAUAGUUCGUUGAACGAUACAAAGCGACUGUUUGUAUUUAAGCAAUUAUUAUAUAUCUUAAUUGAGACUGAGAGACAUAAAAGAAGUGAGUAACGACUACGAAUUAAGAAUUUAGAGGAUUCUUAUUGGAAUUUCGGAAGCAUAAUAAUGGCAGACUUGGAAGAAAAAGUUAUAAUGACCCCAAAGAGUAAAACACCCACGUCUACUAUAUUGAUAGUCGAAAGGAAGGUAAUAGAAGCAGAGCCUAGUGAUAAAAUACAUGUAGCUGGAGGUGAUCACACUGGUAUCAUAAUAAAUAAGGAAAAAGUAUAUGAAAAUGGUGUAACAGAACCAUGCCAUGCCCAGCUAGAAUUCUGUGUUUAUUUGGUAUCUGCUGUAACUGGUAGUCAUACACGAGAAGCAAGAGCACUCCGGUUUUGGUUCAAACCUGAAGUUACUCAAAAUGAAUGUCCCCAUGAGGCACAAGCUUUCUUCCGUGAAUUAGUUAGCCCUCAAGACUUUCCUAAAGAUUAUGUUGGUUUUAUAAAGAAGAUAAUAAAGCUUAUGCAAAAUAAAUAUCACCAACUAAAACUUUUAGAAGUUGAACUAAGACAAGAAGGAAGUGGUCCACCGCCUCCAGAAGCGAAUGGCGAUAUUACGAGUAAGGCAAUUAUAUACAAGUAUUAUAAUGGUUCUUUCAUCGAAGACACAGUAAACCAAACCUUUAUAUCUGAGCAAAAGGUACUAGAUAUGAUCGAAAAUGCCUAUCCUAAUCCUCUCUCCGUUGAAGACUUUGUGACUGCUGGAAAAUGGUCGAAGACUGAAGUAAAAGAUGCUCUAGAGUCACUGGAAGAAAAAGGUUUAACGCGUUUAAUGUCCGACGGCGUGUAUGUACGUCAGCACAGUAUCGACACACAAGUGGUGAAACAAAUGCCUACAUUAUGCUCGUCGCGACAACCGACCAUAGCCGUUGUGACGGCUCUGUACUGCGAGAAACAAGCCGUCGAUGCCAUGAUGGACAAUCAAGAGACGUAUGUCCGAUACACUACUGUCGGCGAAUCAAAUGUCUAUACUUUGGGUACUAUUGGCAGUCAUCGAGUUGUCACCACUAAGUUGCCAUCAGUUGGAAGAACUAGAGAAGCAAUGACAGCAGCCGGAAACACCACAACCAGGCUUCUUGGAAUUUUCCAGAAGGUGGAUUACGUGUUUUUGGUAGGCGUAGGCGGAGGGGUUCCACACUACACGGACUACUCGAAGCAUGUGAGGCUCGGCGAUGUUGUUGUUUCGACGCCCGCUUCAGAUUUGCCAGAUAAGUACGUGUAUAUAUUCUGCGAAAAAGCGGAACGCAAUGACAAGGGUGGAUUCGACUACGAGGUGAAACCCUACAAGCCAGCGGACUACCUCUUGCAGGACAUCGCUUUACGACUCGCAAGUACAUCUGCUUCGUGGAGCACUUAUGUUAACGAAGGAUUAGAUCGUCUACGGGGCGUUCCGGGAAGAUGGGAGCCCCCGGAACAAGCCACGGAUCGCUUGUGCGUGGAUGUCGGUGGAGGAGCUUUCAUAGAAGUGUCUCAUCCGGCGCCGCAAGGUGAAACUAUCCGCAGCGCGCGCGUGCACUGCGCGCCGGUGGCGGGCGGGCGCGCCGUGGCGAGCGCGGGCGAGGCGCGCGCCGCCUUCGCUGCGCAUGCGCGCGCACUCGCAUACGACUGCGAGCUGGACGCCGUGCUCGACAGCGUCGUCGGCAACUGCAAGGACUGCUUCAUAUCUAUCAGGGGUAUCUCCGACUAUCGCGACGGCACCCGCGGCAAGGACUGGCAGCCGCACGCCGCCCUGGCCGCGGCCGCCGUCAUGAAGGCGAUCAUUACUGCCAUGGCGCCUCCCACAGACUAAACACGGAGACGGUAACGAAUCAUAAUAAUUGUGGGCCUUAAAUACUUUAUAGAAGUAAAACAAUUAUUUAUUAACUUAUUGGUCUUUUGGACCGUUUCGAUAUGUGGCCUAAUACGUAUAUAUAACACAUUAUACGAAGUUAUAUUUUAUCGACGCUUCAAUCGCUUGAAAAAUUGAAAUUACAAGUGCCGAUGAGUACAGUCAAUAAACAAUCUAAGACGCACAGAGAUUCCAAUAUUUAAAAAAAAAUCAAAACAUUCAGAGUACUGCAUUUCGAAUCUUUACAGAAACUGAUCGACGUCUUUAUUAUUAACACUUUUCGUAUAGAACUAGAAGAAACAUAUAUUUGUAGUUAACAUUAGACGAGAUUACAGGUCCACUUGCCUUACUUUACUUGUUAGAAUUCUAGUAUAUAGAACUUUUUUUAUUCAUAUACUAUUAAACAGUAGUUAUACAUCCGUUUUUUAAUGUUACAACUUUAUUAACGUUACAUCGUAAUACACAAUAUAAUUCCUCUCAUUAUCUAUUUAAAAUAUCUUCAAAUAAGUUAUCAGGUCUUCUAAUGUUGAAAAAUGUAUCUACGUUAAGUUUUUAUAGGCCUUCCAUAAAUAAUAAUGACUUUUCUAAUCGAGAGUGGUAUCUCUGUUUUUUAACUACUCUUGAAUAUUUGACACUGUUGAUUAUGAUUUCACUUUUUCCAUUUUACAAUUAUAUACUGCCAUGUGUCUUCUUAUAUUAAUAAGGUUUUCGUGUCACGUUCAUAGGGUAAAAAGUGUAACCAGUAGAUUAAGAGGGAACAAUAAUUAUAGCGAGUUAUUAUUGAGAAAAGUCCCUUUAAUAUAUACAAUAUUAAAAUGACGUGCUAAUGCAGUUCACAAAGUUACCAAAGUUUUAAAAGUCACCUAAUUCAUUAUUUAUUGUUUGGUCGAAUUAAAAGUUAAAUGAAAACUUUUUUACUAUUUUAUUGCCAGAACA